GAGGGAGAGAGGGAAGGGAAAGGCGAGCGUGAGCUGCCUCAAAUGCUUGGAAUAAUUCCGCUUCCGUUUGGAAAGCCGCAGCCUCAGUCCCGCCGCACCCGCCCAGCGCCAGCUCCGCGUCCCGGCCGGCCCGCGCGCGGCUGCCCGCUCCGCCGCCAUGGCCACGUCCCCGCAGAAGUCGCCCUCUGUCCCCAAGUCCCCCACUCCCAAGUCGCCCCCGUCCCGGAAGAAAGAUGACUCCUUCUUGGGGAAACUCGGAGGGACGCUGGCCCGGAGGAAGAAAGCCAAGGAGGUAUCGGAGCUUCAGGAGGAAGGCAUGAACGCCAUCAACCUGCCUCUCAGCCCGAUCCCCUUCGAGCUGGACCCAGAGGACACCAUGCUGGAGGAGAAUGAAGUGCGAACAAUGGUGGACCCAAACUCCCGCAGCGACCCCAAACUGCAAGAACUGAUGAAGGUAUUAAUUGACUGGAUUAAUGAUGUGCUUGUCGGAGAAAGAAUCAUCGUGAAAGAUCUGGCUGAAGAUUUAUACGACGGACAAGUCCUACAGAAGCUCUUUGAGAAGCUUGAGAGUGAGAAGCUGAACGUUGCUGAAGUCACCCAGUCAGAGAUUGCUCAGAAGCAAAAGCUGCAGACUGUCCUGGAGAAGAUCAAUGAAACCCUGAAACUUCCUCCCAGGAGCAUCAAGUGGAACGUGGACUCUGUUCAUGCCAAGAGCCUGGUAGCCAUCUUGCAUCUGCUGGUUGCUCUGUCCCAGUAUUUCCGGGCACCAAUCCGACUCCCAGAUCAUGUCUCCAUCCAAGUGGUUGUGGUCCAGAAACGAGAAGGAAUCCUCCAGUCUCGGCAAAUCCAAGAGGAAAUAACUGGUAACACAGAGGCUCUCUCCGGAAGGCAUGAACGUGAUGCCUUUGACACCUUGUUCGACCACGCUCCAGACAAACUCAAUGUAGUGAAAAAGACACUCAUCACUUUUGUGAACAAGCACCUGAAUAAACUGAACCUGGAGGUCACAGAACUGGAAACCCAGUUUGCAGAUGGGGUGUACCUGGUGCUGCUCAUGGGGCUCCUGGAGGGCUACUUCGUGCCCCUGCACAGCUUCUUCCUGACCCCGGACAGCUUUGAACAGAAGGUCUUGAAUGUCUCCUUUGCCUUUGAGCUCAUGCAAGAUGGGGGAUUGGAAAAGCCAAAGCCACGGCCGGAAGACAUUGUCAACUGUGACCUGAAAUCCACACUCCGAGUGUUGUACAACCUCUUCACCAAGUACCGGAACAUGGAGUGAGGGGCACACCGGCCCGCUCCCCCACCGCCCUCGCCUGCUUCUUCCCGUGUCCAGCUCUGUGCUCUCCCGCCGACCCAGCUCCCGCCCAGGGACAGCAAGGCUGGAGUUAGGAAGGAAAGGUUCAGUAACUCAGUGGGCUGACUCGCACCUCCCAGGCCCUGGGGACUGACGGACCAUCGCUCCCACCCUGGGGCCAGGUUCAGAUUUCCUCAGUGUGAUUUGGGAACCAGUUUAGGCACAAGAGACUCCCCUCAGAAAAUGAAAAUAAAGGUAAUAGUUACCAUUUAAUGGUCGCAAACUACGUGCCGGGCACCACGCUAAGCUCUCCGACGUACUCAUGACUCCCACUAAAGCAGGUAGUAUAAUCCCCUUUUAUAGACAAUGAAACUGAGGCUCAGAGAGGUUCAGUGAGUUGCCAGAGGCUGGCAUUUUUCUUCCUUGAACAUGUUUGUUAAUAACGAGCCCAUCACAUUACGCUGCACGCUCUAUAGUUGUGGGGGGUGGGGUGUGCACCUGCGCUCUCAAAGACGGCAGAGCCCCCGCCCCCCCAUCUCACCACUAGGCGGGCUGGGUCGGGGCUUAGUGACUCACACAGACAUCAGCUAAUCCAAUUUAACUCAAUUAAGUGUGUGUGUGCGUGUGCGUGUGUGUGUGUGUGUGUGGUAGGAGUCCUGUCCCUCAACUACUUUGUACAAAUGAAAAUUACUCUUAAUUCCUUCAGAUUUGUAAUAACCCCAUACUCUGGUUUCAGAGUGACAUUUGGGAAGAAUUCUGUUUAAAAUUAAUGGAGUGGCACAUUCUGCAGCCUUUUUGCUUGAUUGCAUGUAAUGGGAGUGCCCUAUAUUUUCCUGCAAAAUAAGUACUCAAUUCAUUAUCAUUAGGCAAAUGUACAAUAUACUCAGGCACCAUGGAGAGCUGGGUGCAGGCCCAUAUGAGCAGGGCUUAGGAAGUAGGGCUCUUCAACAGGCACCCUUGAACUUUAAAGAAAGGAACUCCUUUUUGCCUUCUAAUUGAUCAUUUAGACCAUUUCUGGCUAAGUCUGCCCACAUGCAGUUACCGGCUAAUUCAGGCGAGGAAAAAUGUAAGUCAUUUAGACCCAAGUCGAGCAGUCUCCUUGCGUGGGUUUACUCGUGGGUUUGUGGUUACUUGUAUCCCCUCUCCGUGAACCCAGCUUUGAAAUACAGGGCUCUGCUUGUCCCAGGCUGCUGUGUUCCUUGGGAAUAGGAAAGGGGCUGAAAUGGGAGGACCCAGAAGGACAGGAGGCGUGGGGAAGCAUUUGCACACCUGACAUGGGGGGGGAUACGCCCAGACAGAGAGAUGGGGCUUAUGGUACUUAACAGUUGCCCUUAAAUUGCCUAAGGCCUUGGGGUAAAUAAUAACCGUUCUGUUACUACAACUUCAUUAUAGAAUUUUCCUAAAUAUGCCAGAUGGACACCAGCCUAGAUACCCACCCGAAGUCUGUGCCUGCUUUGUCACUACUUUCAGAUCAUUGCCCAAAGCCACCUCCAGUUAGAGGAAUUAAUUUUGAUCUCUAUCACCAUCACCGCCCACCCUGCCAAGUUAGGCCUCCCAUAUGGUCCAAAACAUUUCCUUCCAGCUUCGAAACAUUUCCUGCUCUGUCUACCUGCUGUAACUCCGAACCCAUAAAGUUUAGAUAGACCGCAUAUUUCUGGGGAUAUUUUGCUCUAAGAAAUAAUUGUUACUCAGCAUAUAAUGAGCUUUUAAGAUAGGAAGACAAUGCACUCUCUUGUGCCAAUUUAUGUAAAAGAACACAAUUCUUUUUACAUGAUUAACGCAAUAUUACAUUUUUCUCAUUAGGAAACACUAAAUAGUGUAAUAUUUCUGUUUGCGCUCAUUUAAAUUCCUGAUAGCAAAUCAAGAUAAACCAUUGCUUUGUCUCUUUGAGCAGUCCGAAAGCGGGAUGAAAUAAGAGGAAUGCAUUCAUUUAAACAUGCUUUGCUGUGCGAA